UAAGUGUGGACGUCUGUGUAAGUGUGAGAGAAUUAUGGUGGCCUUUAAAGGAGUCUGGACUCAGCCCUUCUGGAAGGCCGUUUCGGCAGAAUUCCUGGCCAUGCUCAUUUUUGUCCUCCUCAGCCUGGGCUCCACGAUCAACUGGGGUGGAGCAGAGAAGCCCCUGCCUGUAGACAUGGUCCUGAUCUCGCUGUGCUUUGGACUCAGCAUCGCCACCAUGGUGCAGUGCUUCGGGCACAUCAGCGGAGGCCACAUCAACCCCGCCGUGACCGUGGCCAUGGUGUGCACCAGGAAGAUCAGCCUUGCCAAAUCCGUCUUCUACAUCCUGGCCCAGUGCCUGGGAGCCAUCGUGGGUGCGGGCAUCCUUUACCUCGUCACRCCGCCCAGCGUGGUGGGAGGUCUGGGAGUCACUGCGGUACACAGAGAUCUUUCUGCUGGUCAUGGACUCCUGGUGGAGUUGAUAAUUACAUUCCAGCUGGUUUUUACRAUUUUUGCUAGCUGUGAUUCAAAACGAAGUGAUGUCACUGGUUCAGUAGCCUUAGCAAUUGGAUUUUCUGUUGCAAUUGGACAUUUAUUUGCUAUCAAUUACACCGGUGCCAGCAUGAACCCAGCUCGAUCAUUUGGACCUGCUGUCAUUAUGGGCAGAUGGGAAAACCAAUGGGUGUAUUGGGUGGGACCAAUAAUCGGCGCGGUGCUUGCYGGUGCUCUCUACGAGUACGUCUACUGCCCCGAUGUUGAGCUCAAGCGCCGCUUCAAAGAYGUCUUCGGCAAGGCCACCCAGCCUUCCAAGGGGAAAUACAUCGAGGUGGAUGACCACAGGAGCCACGUGGAGACCGAUGACCUGAUCCUGAAGCCUGGCAUAGUUCAUGUGAUUGAUAUCGACAGGGGUGARGACAAGAAGGGAAGAGAUCCAUCCAGCGAGGUGUUGUCUUCUGUAUGACUAGCAAGAAGCACUGAAAGCAGAGAGCAACCUGCUAGCACGUCCACAGAUAUCCUUCCACCCAUUAAAGAAACAGAUCUCCUCUAGACUGAGCAUCUUCCACUUUUUGAAAGGUAUGGAGGGGGCAGCUGCAUGGAGUGGUGUCGCCAAACCAUACGCCUGCUCAGCUGGAAGAUUAGGACUUUGCUACAAUUAGGAUUCCCCAUCUAUUAUUCCAAAUUUAGACUUGUUCCUAGUAUUUUCCUUUCCUUCUUUCUGGAGCAACCCCAAAGUCAAAAAAAGAGAUGGAAGCAUUCUCCUUUAAUAAGUCAGUCAAUAGUGAGAUAAAGAUAGAGAUGUGUUACAUUCAGAUUGACAGUUAAGACAUAUCAGGAAAUGCCUAUAGACAUGAAGACCUACUUAUCAGAUUGUUCUUCUGACACUUAAUUGGCUGUUGUCAGCUCUGAUUAUAACAUCUUACCCAUUAAGCUUUCUCUGCGAGGUUCAGGGACUGCACCAGCACUAUUUAAGAGUUUUAUCCACAGUCAAGUGAGGGAGUCACUAUUGCCUUGCAAACUACCUCUGAAAAAAUGAUACUUUAACAGCUUUUWAAAAAAAAUUCUAUCAACCCAUCAAAUUUUGUUCAUGUGAUUUGCCAUAUAAAUACAUUACUUUCAUCCCCAAGAGUAAAUAUGCUGAAAUGGAAUGUUGAAGUGUACAGUAAUAAGGCUGCAAASCAGUUGAUUGUACUUCAUCCUCCCUCUUGUCAUUGUCUAUCUGGUGAAACAUUCUCCUGGGGUUUGACUAUUGACCAUUUAGUGUUAGCAGACUCUCAAGGUCAUGCAAAGARUAUAAAGGCUUUCCUGUUACUUAAUAACUCAAAUAAGAGAUAUCAGAAGAAAAGGAGGCAUAUCUGUUUUCAGUGCACUUGUUAGAAUACACUUUUCUGUGCUAAUUUAUGURAACUAAAGGUUUAAAUUACUUACCUAUUUUCUUACAAGAUGGUUGGAGAUAGGGUUUUUUUAAUUUAUUAGUGAUGUAGAGGGGUUUUAACUUUUAACUGUAUUGAGACACUGAUUGGGAAAUAUUUUUUUUAUAACAGAUGAUAAAAAUAUGACUGCUUCUGGCUUUUUGUUGUAACUGAUGCCUAACUAUUUGAACAGGAUCCUUGCUUGUUCCAGUGUUCAUAUAGUCAUAUUACACCUCUGGCAAAGGUUUCUUUAUCUGUUGUUAGAAAAAGGUUWAAUUGCUUGCAGGGUAUUUUAGGGGGAAAAGGACAUGAAAUGUGUUUGGUAAACAGUCUUUCCCCUAUAGAAGUAUUUUGCCAGACAUAAUCACCCCAGCAGAACAUUUCUGUAAAGCCAUUACCGACUUACUGCUUUUGUUUCUGAUCAGUGGCUUUGAGUUUUACAAUAGGCAGCUGCAGAGCAGUCAGKAGCAUGGUAUUAUUACUGUAAUUACAUAGUUUUUAUUUUUAAAUUGAAAAKCUACCCCUGCUUAUUUAGCAAUAAGAGAGGGAAAAAAGUAUUAGUCCUGACUGUGGGUUGCAUUAGCCUGGUCUGUUCUUUGACGUACUCUACAUGGAAUCUUUAUUACAGGGAAUUAGAUGUUUUCUAAUGAGAUAAUAAACCACUACAACCCUCAAAUCUGUGCACUAUGAUCCAAGGGCAAUUCUAGUAUCCCAGCCUGCAGCACUGCACAAUCCCAGCAUGUCCUUUUCCAAGUUUCACAUUUCUCUUGUCUUAAGCCCUGUUAGUGUGGAGCAAGUUCCCCGCACCAAGCCUGAG